UAUCAAUCCGUUAUUUAAGUAAACAAUAAAUUCAUUGUGCUUUUAAAUUUUAAUUAAUUAUACUAGUAAAACGAGUGAUAAUAGUAUUAAACGGAUAACAAACAAUUUAAAAAUAAGACAGCACAUUCCAAUAACAUCUUAAUUUGCCCUAUUUUGGCGGUAUAAUAUUGUUUUUUGAAGAAAAGUGUGAGCUCAAAAUAAAAUUAAUUAAAGUGUAUGUUUAAUAGUCGUUGUCAUGUCACAUAAAGCUAAAGCAUCUCCAAAACCAUCGCCAAAGAACACGUUGUUCAACUAUUUCGCAAGAAAUUCAUUAAAUACAUCCCAAAAUGUCGAGAAAACAGCAGAAAAGGAAUCGCCGGUUGUUAAGAAGGAAGUUCAAGGGAAUUUGACUGGAAAGAAGCUUGAUUUCGGAAAACGAGGCAAUUCAAGUGACGAAGAAGACACAAAAGUCAAUAAAUCUUCGAAGAAACGUAAAAUCAUUGAUUCCGAUGAUGAAGAUACAGAAAACAGCGACAGCAACACUAAGAAGGAAGUCACUCAAGCAUCUAAGAAACGUUUAAUUGACUCAGACGAUGAAAUGCCACCACCAAAAAAUCCAAUAUCGAGACUUGCUAAAUUUUCUGAAGAUGCAGCACCAGAAAGUCCGUCAAGCAAAAAAUGUAAAUCAGAAAAACAAGAUCUAACAAAGUUGGUUCCAAAAAAUGAGCCAGAAGAUGAAGAUGAUGAAAGCCAAGGAUUUUCACUUGAUACUGAACAAAAGAUUUAUACUCACGAAAGUUUUGAGUUCUUACAGCCUGAAAACAUCAGAGACAUGAAUAAGAACCGUCCAAAUCAUCCAAAUUAUGAUCCAAGAACAUUACACAUUCCAGAAAGCUUCUUAAAGCAACAAACUCCAGGACAUCUCCAAUGGUGGAAACUUAAAGCUCAGUAUUACGACUGCAUUUUCUUCUUCAAAGUCGGCAAGUUUUAUGAAUUGUAUCAUCAAGAUGCAGUGACUGGAGUUAAGGAACUCGGAUUGACAUUCAUGAAAGGAGAUUAUGCUCAUUCAGGCUUUCCAGAAACAGCAUAUGAUAAAAUGUCAUCAACACUUGUUGAGCGUGGAUAUAAAGUAGCUCGUAUAGAGCAAGUUGAAACACCAGCAAUGAUGGAAAAGCGUUGUGAAGCUGAAAAUAAGCGCACCAAGUUCGAUAAAGUCGUUAAACGUGAAAUCUGUCAAGUCACUAAUGUGGGAAUGCAAAAUAAUGCUACUGGAUUAUUCUCAAUGGCUAAAAGUCAAUUUUCAGCAAAUCCAAACUUUUUGUUGUGCAUUGCUGAGAAGAAUAUUGAAAAAUCCAAUAAUACUCGUUAUGGCAUAGCUUUUGUUGAUUCCAGCAUUGGAGAUUUUAUGAUUGGCGAAUUUGAGGAUGAUGAUCAAUGCUCCAGAUUACUUACUUUAUUGUCUCUCUAUACACCUGUAUUAAUUUUGCAUGAUCGAACUGGAAUGGGCGAAAAUACAUCAAAGGUCUUAAAAGGCAUCAAUGUGGUCAAAGAAAAGCUGACAAAUGAAAAACAAUUUUGGAAUGGCUCAAAAGCAUUAAAGUAUCUGGCAGAAACCACAUAUCAAAAUGAAAAUGACUGGCCAGAAUGCUUAAAAGAAAUGCAAAGUGAUCAUUUAAAACCGUCUGAAGAUUGCACAUUGGCACUAAAAGCAUUAGGUGGAUGUUUGUGGUACUUAAAGUAUAAUUUACUCGAUCAACAAGUAUUGUCAUUAGCAACAUUCAAACGUUAUGUUCCACCAGAUCAAAAAAUUGAGUUUGAUGGAUCAAAAAUUAAGAAAGAAAAUCGAAAACAAACUCACAUGAUGCUUGAUGCCAUUACUUUACAUAAUUUGAAUGUUAAUGGCGAUGAAAAUUCAUUAAUUAUGAAAUUAGACUAUUGCAACACUCAGUUUGGUAAACGAUUAUUAAAGGAAAUUGUUUGCAUGCCAAGUUGCGAAAUAGAUGAAAUUAAGGCACGACAGGAAGCAGUGAAUGAAUUAAAGGAAAACGUUGAAUUAUUGAAUGACUGUCGUGGGCUAUUAAGUUCAUUAAAUGUUGAUGUUGAGAGAAGUUUAAGUCAGAUUCAUCAUCUUGGCAAUAAGGAUAUCCUGCAAAAUCAUCCACAAUCCAAAGCUAUUUUAUAUGAAGCUGAAACAUAUGGAAAGAAUAAAAUUAUUGAUUUUGCUGCGGCUCUUGAUGCUUUUGAUCACUUAAUGAGUCUUCCAAAAGUUUUUAAAAACUGCACAUCAUCCAUGCUAAAAAUGUUGACACAAACAAAGGAAAAUGGUGGAAAUUUUAUUGAUUUAAGUCCACAAUUAAGCUUGCUACAGAAAUCAUUUAACAUUGAAGAAGCUAAGAAGUCUGGCUACAUAAUUCCAGGUCGUAAUGCAGACGAAGAAUACGAUGCAGUUCUGGAUGAGAUUGAUACACUAGAAACUGAACUUAAAGUCUAUUUAAAGCAACAAGAAAAAGUCGUUGGAUGUAAAUUAAAUUAUUUUGGAACUGACCGUAAACGAUAUCAAAUGGAAGUGCCUGAAAGUCAUUUCAAGAAGGUUCCAAAAGUUUGGAAUUUGGAGAACUCGAAAGGUAAAGGCAAGAAUGCUGUCAAUCGCUACACAUCAGAUGAAACUAAAGAAUUUCUUACUAGAAUGCAGGAACUGGAAGCUAAAAAGAAAAAUGUUUUAAAUGAUUUUGGUCGUCGAAUUUUUGAAAAGUUCUCCAAAAAUUAUGUCCAGUUCAAGCAAAUUGUUAAUCUUACAGCCAAACUGGAUGUGAUUGCAUCAUUUGCUGAAUUCUCACGUAAUCUUGAUGUAUCGUGCAUCCCAGAAGUAUUUGAAAUGGCUGAAAAUCCAGGAGAAAGUUUACUUACAAUUGAGAACGGAGUUCAUCCUUUAAUGAAUUGUGAUGAUUAUAUAGCAAAUGGAGUUACAAUUGGAAAAGAUGGAGCCUUCUUUGAGCUCAUUACAGGACCUAAUAUGGGCGGUAAAUCGACAUUAAUGCGUCAAGUUGCAUUAUUAAGUAUGCUGGCACAAAUCGGAACUUUAGUUCCAGCUGAAAGCAUGAGUCUCACAUUAAUUGAUCGAAUUUUUACAAGACUUGGUGCCAAUGAUAAUAUUAUGAAGAACCAAAGUACAUUCCUUGUUGAAUUGAACGAAACUGCCAUCAUUUUAAAGCACUGCACAUUCAACAGUCUAAUUUUACUUGAUGAAUUAGGUCGUGGAACUUCAACAUUCGAUGGAUCAGCUAUUGCACGUGCUGUAUCUAAUUUUAUUGCUGACAUGAAAUGUCGAACAUUGUUCUCAACUCAUUAUCAUAGCUUAGUUGAUGAUUUCCAGGAAGAUAAUCGUAUUAAGUUAGGUCACAUGGCAUGUGUUGUUGAAAAUGAAAAUUCUGAGGAUAUAACAAAAGAAAAUGUCACAUUUUUGUACAAAUAUGUUGGUGGAAGCUGCCCACGGUCGUUUGGUUUUAAUGCUGCAAAACUUGCUGGAAUUGAUCAUGAAAUUAUUCGUCGUGCUCAUGAGAUUUCAAAGACAACCGAAGCUGAAAGCCUUAAACUCCGAAUCAAAACCAUGAUCUUAAAAAAUGCAGACAAGGAAGACAUUAAAAAGUUGAUUAUUAAAUUUAAGAAAUGUUUAGAUUAAGUUUUAUUGUUUGCUGGUAAGCCGCUAAGGUAAGCCUCUAAUAUUUUUGUGUCUCUCUAAAUACAGUACAAUUUACCAUGCUUAAGUAUACGAUAAAGUAAUAAUAAUAAAGGCUUAUGAGCCGUUGUUGCCCAACAUGUUUAAUAAUUCCUG